AUGGAGCUGGAUUCCGGAGCUGAUGAUGUUACCACUGACAUUUUGCACUUCAGAKUCUUAAUGUUYCUCCACAACUUGCACCAGAUAUGGAGCAAUGUUCUGUGGGCUCAGAGAUCUCACCAACAAGGCUGCGAAAAGGCAGGUAGUUUCAGGUCUUCCGAUGUGGGUUUUGUGAAGGAGGGUGUCUUUGGAUUGGUUUCUGGAACGGUAACUGCAGAGAUGCUGCGUUGUUCCAUCAUUGGUGAGGAAACGAAUGCUGAGGAACUGGAAAAUCACACAUGUUGGAAAGGGUCUACGAUGGUGAACGAGUGGCUGAUGGAUGCAGAAGUUAUAUCUGCGAGCAUAUUCAGUGAAGUGGUGGAGGCAAAUGCGAUAUCCUUAUUCGAGGUUAGAGACCACAUUGGUAAUGCUCAUUUGCUUCACGAGAUUCUCCGUGUUAAGAACAUCCCUUUUGAAGUUGAUGUCUUGGACGAGAAAACCGCUGCUUCGCUUAGAAAGUUCUACAUCACGUAUAGACCGAAUUGA